CAUCUGUUUCAUGCUGCACGCGGGAUUCCGCCGAUCAUUCAAGUUUCUGUAGGAUACAUAUCAGGGAUGUUGCAUUUGCUGUGGUGAUGGCCCGUCCUCCUCCUGACCCGUUGUACAUCCUGAGGGGUUCGGGUGCCUCAGUGAAUGCGCUUCACUUCUGCUGUGAUGGAGAUGGACCACCACUUCUCUACUCUGGGUCAGGUAAAGGUGCAGUCCAUGUGUGGAACCUGAGCACCAGGAGAGCAGAACGUGUUUUAGAGAGCCAUGCUGGGAACUCUGUAAUCUGGCUUAACACCUUCAACAACAGCAGAAGCUGCCUCAUCAGUCAGGGUCGGGACAUGCGGGUGUGCGUGUGGGAUCUGUCUGAAGGCCGCAGUGCAGUGACAGACUCUCUCCACACAGGCAGCGUGGGCUUCUGUCAGUGCUCUCUGCUGGAGUCCCGGCUCGGAUCCACUCUCCUGGCCCACCCUACACAACACAUGGAGGAGGUGAGUGUAGUGGAGAUGAGCAGCUGGACUCAAGUGUGUUCUCUGAAACCAGAUUCAAACCUGGGGAUGCUCAUGAGCAUGAAGAUGUGGCAGGCUGAUUCUGGUCCAGUUCUAUGUGCCGGUUAUGAGGAUGGCUCGGUGGUAUUAUGGGAUGUUUCUCAUCGCCGUCCAUUCAGCCUUCUGAAGGUUCAUCCGGAGCCAGUCAUGAGUCUAGAUGUUGACGUAUGCAGACAGAAAGGCAUUUCAGGGUCUUCAGAAAAUAUCCUUCAAUCCUGGCGGCUUGACAAUCAGCAGAGCCUUCAGAUGCACGACUCUAUUCAGAUGACCAAUCCUGGGGUCUCCCAGCUGCGGAUCCGUGCCGACGGCAAGAUCCUAGCUUCGGCAGGCUGGGACAACAACAUUAGAGUAUUUGGCUGGAAGAAACUAAAGCCACUGGCUGUUCUGCAACAUCAUACUGACAUGGUGAAUAGUGUUGCCUUCUCAGACCAUCAGGACCCCACACAGAGACUUUUGGCCGCGGGGUCCAAGGACCAGCGGAUAAGUGUGUGGUCUAUAUAUAGUGAAAGUUGAGUUUGGAAGACAGAGGCCUGCUUUGCCAUUUCCUUCAAACUGAUUGUCGCAAAUUACUCUGACAAUAUUUACAUACUUGAACGUGGCGCUAACAUCUUUUUCUUUAAAUGAAUGUGCCUAAAUUAGUGGCUGGCUGCCAUUAGGAGGCGGGGCUACAAUAAUCACAUUCGGGAUAUCUGAUUGACGAAUUUUUUUGGGUGCAAUUCUCCAAAAUCAAACAUAA